UUUGGGAGGAAUUGCCGCCAUCUUUUCCGCUGGGGCACUGGCUUUAUUUAUCUGUCAACAUCGGAACGAAUUCGAACCAUCCUGUAUUAAAACUUGUCUUCUGAUAAAGAAAAGUUCUUCAUAUAAUGGCAUCUGAUGAUAAACUGAACAUCGAUAGCGUAAUAGCUAGGCUUUUGGAAGUUCGUGGAUCAAGACCGGGCAAGAAUGUUCAGCUGACAGAAGCCGAAAUCCGAGCAUUGUGUCUCAAGUCUAGGGAAAUCUUCCUUAGUCAACCAAUUCUUUUAGAGUUGGAAGCCCCACUAAAAAUAUGUGGUGAUAUACACGGACAAUAUUACGACCUCCUCAGGUUAUUCGAAUACGGUGGUUUCCCACCAGAGAGCAAUUACCUCUUCCUUGGGGAUUAUGUGGACCGAGGCAAACAAUCUCUGGAAACGAUAUGUCUCUUACUUGCCUAUAAAAUAAAAUAUCCAGAAAACUUCUUCUUGCUCAGAGGAAAUCACGAAUGUGCAAGUAUUAACAGAAUAUACGGAUUCUAUGAUGAAUGUAAAAGACGGUACAACAUAAAAUUAUGGAAGACAUUCACAGACUGUUUUAACUGCCUGCCCAUAGCUGCAAUCAUAGAUGAAAAGAUCUUCUGUUGUCAUGGUGGUUUAAGUCCUGAUCUUCAGUCUAUGGAACAGAUUCGCCGAAUCAUGCGUCCCACAGACGUCCCAGAUCAGGGCCUAUUGUGUGAUUUACUCUGGUCAGAUCCAGACAAAGACACAACAGGGUGGGGAGAAAAUGACCGUGGUGUCUCAUUUACAUUCGGGGCAGAAGUUGUAGCCAAAUUUCUCAGCAAACACGACCUCGACCUCAUCUGCAGGGCACAUCAGGUGGUGGAAGAUGGUUAUGAAUUCUUUGCGAAAAGGCAGCUUGUUACCCUUUUCUCAGCGCCAAAUUACUGUGGGGAAUUCGACAAUGCUGGGGCCAUGAUGAGUGUGGAUGAUACAUUGAUGUGUUCCUUCCAGAUUUUGAAACCUGCAGACAAGAAGAAAUUCCCUUAUGGUGGUCUCAACGCUGGAAGACCUGUCACACCCCCACGAGGACAGGCUAAGAAGAAAUAGUAUUCAUAACUCUUUGAAUUGAAAUAAUCAUAAAAUUCUGAUAGUAACCCCGACCCUGUCAUUGGCCACCAAGCUCGUAUGCACACUGUCUCAUGGCCUGUGCUUGAUGAUGAGGCUGAGACCAUCAUUGGGCUUGGUUGCUGUGUGAACAAAGCUGCCAGUGGAAUAUACCGGUGGUGAUGUUCAUCCUUGUAAAAUUGGAUGGCACUUCAUGCUCCCAUCCAUGAAAAUAUCUUUCUGAGAUAACAAAAAAAUUAAUGGGGAACUGUGUAUGUUUUAAGUGUAGGCAAGACUUCUGAGUUCAGUGAAUGAGUGGAAAAUGGUUUAACAUUAUAACACUGAUGUAAAUAAAUGUGUAUAAAAUAACUAUUAUGUUGUCAUGUCUACUGCUAGAAGGAUUCUCACGACUGGAAAUGAUUGUUGGUGCGACCCGGGUGUCCUCAUGUUCUACAGCUCUCAUUUAGUCAUCAGAUGUGUGGUUUGUGCUUUCAUAUGUUUCAGCUUAUGACAAUGUAUGAUGUGGUUCUUGAGAGAAACCUUUUACCUACUUGCUUUAAAUUUUACAUCAUUUUCGUCCUUCAUUUUAUUUGUUAUGUAUCUCCCAUCUCCGCUAGUCUUAAUCAGUGUGUCCCAGUCAGUUUUAUCAUGGAAGCUCAGGUCUCCUCUCUUCCUUCAAUUUCAAGGUCACAAUGACUACCAUCAAAACAUGCCUCUGCCCACCUGCUCUCAAUUUCAUCACAUGUUCAGGUAGAGCAUAAUUUUAACCACUGACCAAAUGGCUGGUCGUAGCCAUGAUCUGCAUUGUAAAUAGCCUCCAGGUGUAAAUUGUAAAUGAUCAAAGAAAGUUGCGUAAAUAUAACUCCAUUGAGUGUAAUACCAAUGUAAACAAGUAAAUUUGGUGUAAAUUCUGUGGCUUAUAUUAUGGAUCCAGAUAGACUAUCAAGAGUAAGACAAUGCAUUUAUUUUAUGUGCCUCAAACUUAAUUGUGGCAAUGUAUAUAAAAAGACCAAGUGAAUGAUGCCUUCGAGGCAGUGAAAGUGCUCUUCCUACCCUGGUUAGAAUCUGAAAUGUAGAGGAAUUCAUUCUUCAUCGCAUUGAAGGGGUUUGUUAAUCAUUUUAAAAUCUGGUUUGACUUAAUUUCAAUGAAGCAUUUUUUUCACAGUUGCAUCGGUUUACAUGGCAGUGUGUUGUUGCAUCGAGUGUGAUGUGACCUUGGAUGUUCUUCAACAAUACCUUGAUUGAUUUUUCGCAGGUACCGGCAAUCAGUAGAUCUUGCGAAUCUGGCUAAGCAGUGUGUUUCUCUGUGGCAGGUCACAAAUGUUAGUGAUGCAAUAUAAUAAGGUAUUCUUAUAGUUGGUUGGGUAUAUUGUGUGGCUUUUACUGCAGCAUGAUGCG